AUGGGUUCUAUCACUAAACCUCAUGCAGUUCUGGUGCCAUACCCAGCCCAAGGCCAUGUUAACCCUUUUAUGAAGCUUGCAAAGCUUCUCCAUUCCCAUGGCUUCCACAUCACCUUCGUCAACACCGAAUUCAAUCAUCAGCGUCUCAUUAGAUCCAAAGGCCCUGAAUCCGUCAAGGGUUUGCCCGACUUCCGGUUCGAGACCAUCCCCGAUGGCAUGCCACAUUCCGAUCGAGAUGCCACUCAAGAUAUUCCCAUGCUUUGUGAUAUGACCAGAAAGACGUGUUUGGUUCCGUUCAAGGAAUUGCUUAAACGGCUGAACUCGUCUUCGGCCGGAGUUCCUCCGGUGAGCAGCGUCAUCGGAGAUGGCGUGAUGACCUUCGCCAUAAAAGCUGCAAAGGAUUUAGGGAUUCCGGAGGUUCAAUUUUGGACCGCUUCGGCUUGUGCUUUUAUGGGUCUUUUACAUUAUCGAGAUUUCAUCCAAAGAGGAAUCGUUCCUUUUAAAGACGAUAACUAUUUGACGGAUGGUACGUUGGAAAAACGAAUCGAAUGGAUUCCGGGGAUGAACGGUAUUCGUUAUAAAGAUAUCCCGAGCUUCAUUCGAACAACCGAUCCCGACGAUAUAAUGCUCGACUUCAUGGGGGAGGAAGCCCAAAAUAACUUGAAUGCUCCAGCCAUCAUUUUCAAUACAUUUGAUGCAUUGGAAGACAAAGUAUUGGAUGCAAUUGCUUCCAAAUUCAAUUACUCCAACAUUUAUACAAUAGGCCCUCUUCCUUUACUGGCCAAAUAUGUAUCGGACAGUAGUCCGGUACAAUCACUAAAUUCGAGUCUGUGGAAGCCAGACUCGAACUGUUUGCAUUGGCUCGACCAGAAGAAAGAAGGGUCGGUUAUUUAUGUCAAUUAUGGGAGUGUGACUACUAUGACCGACCAACAUUUGGUCGAAUUCGCUUGGGGUUUGGCUAAUAGCAUGCAACCGUUCUUAUGGGUGGUUCGACCUGAUGUCACGAUGGGGGAUUCGGCAAUCCUGCCUGAAGAAUUUGUGGAGGAGACGAGGGAUCGAGGAUUGAUGGUCAGUUGGUGUGCUCAGGAUCAAGUUCUAGCCCACCCGUCGGUUGGUGCAUUCUUAACACAUUGUGGAUGGAAUUCGACUACUGAGAGCAUAGCCGAAGGCGUGCCAUUGAUUUGUUGGCCUUUCUUCUCCGAUCAACAAACCAAUUGUCGGUACUCUUGUGUUGAAUGGGGAAUCGGGAUGGAGAUCAAUCGUGACGUGAAGCGAGAAGAAGUUGAAGUCCUUGUGACGGAAAUGCUUCAAGGGGAGAAAGGAAAGAAAAUGAGAAGAGAGGCGAUCGAAUGGAAAAGGAAAGCGAAAGAGGCGAGUGACGUCGGUGGUUCGUCAUAUAAGAAAUUCCAAAGGUUUAUCAAAGAGGCCCUUCUUGAUGUUUCACAUGUUUAAUAAGUGGUGUUCAAUACGUAAAGGCUCGGUUUUGGAUCGAGUACGUUCGUGGAAGAUAAUUGCUUCGAU